AUGGCCUUGCCGGGACCCCAAGCCUUACGGGCCGCGCUCUGUGGCGGCUGUUGCUGCCUCCUCCUGUGUGCCCAGCUCGUUGUGGCUGGGAAAGGAGCCCGAGGCUUUGGGCGGGGAGCCCUGCUCCAAAUGAACAUCUGGCCAGCUGUCCAAGGGACCUGUAAAGAGCUGAAGCUCUGUGAGCAUUGUGUGGAGGGGGACAGAGCACACAACCUCUCUGGCUGCGUGUGGGAGCAAUGUCGGCCCGAGGAGCCAGGACACUGUGUGGACCAAACUGAGGUGGUCAAGGAAGGUUGCUCUGUCUACAACCACUCAGAGUCAUGUCCAGCUGCCCACCACCACCCCACCUAUGAACCAAAGACAAUCACAACAGGGAGCCCGCACACCCCUGAAGCCCACAACCCUGGCUUCGAUGGGGCCAGCUUCGUCGGAGGCAUCGUGCUGGUGCUGUGCCUACAGGCAGUGGCCUUCUUCGUCUUGCGCUUCCUCAAGGCCAAGGACAGCACCUACCAGACACUGUGA